AUGGAAAGUGAGACGGGUGCCAGCAGCAACAAGCGACAAAAGUCACGACAUCGUGCGUCGAUCGCCUGUGCAACGUGCCGCGAACGUCGAAUACGUUGCGAAGUGCCUCCAGGCGAGCGAGAAUGCAAGCAAUGCAAGCGGUCGGGAGCCCAAUGCGUCAUCAAAAACGACGACGAACGGAGACGACCGAUUUCAAGAGCGUACAUGACUACACUUACCGAGCGAGUCGCAUUGUUGGAAACCUUGUUGAAGGAGAACGGGAUCGAACCGCCUCCAGUGACAUAUCCACCGAAGACAACUCGUGGCAGCUUGUUUACCGAUGGAGACGAGUCUCCCGCUCGACCUGCUGUGCCACCCUUCGCCUCUGCGUCGACUGCAGCCAAGCAUGAGCCCACUUCUGCAGGAGGUACAAGUCCGGAAAACGAAAGCGUUGACGAAUUGGGAUCUUCCAACGCAGACGUUCAGCGAGAUCGACACGACCACGAUGGCGGAUCCAACCUUGACGAAAAGAAGACUGGACUUGUCAGCCGCCUACUGUCGACCAGAGGCCAUCUAUCCUUCGACCAGCUGUCGGGACGCUUACGAUGGUAUGGAGGCACUGCCAACUGUCACAUCUAUUCAGAAUUGGAUGUUCCCGCUACGGCGCCCUGCACCCAGCAUCCCGAGCAAGCCAAACGAGCUGAGAGAUGUAUACGGACGCUGUCAUCGGAGACGCAUGACUAUUUGAUGGAGCUCUUCUGGCAGCAUUACAACGGUGUUCUCCAUGUCGUUCACCAGGAGGCAUUCAACGAAGAUCGAGAGCAUGGAAGGACACAGUUCUACUCCGGGUUCCUGCAUGUCUGCAUCCUUGCUAUGGGCUAUCGACACGCUGAUAAGUCAAGACCGGAUAUACAACGACUCGCUCUACCUGAGCGAGAGAGCACACUCCACCGCGAGGCCAAGUACAUGCUGGACUUGGAAUUGGAAUGUCCGGGGGGUAUCCCAUCAGUCGCAGCGCUUCUCAUUCUCGGUGAUUCCGAAGUAGGCGUCGGCCGAGAUAACCCUGGAUGGAUGUACGCUGGAAUGGCGAUGAGACUCUGCUUCGAUAUCGGUCUCCAUCUGGACAGUAGUCGAGCCGGCUUGUCCCAACGCGAGAUCGACAUCAGGCGGAUGACUCUGUGGGCAUGCGUCGUUUACGAUCGAUACUGGUCGCUCUUCCUCGGACGACCGCUCACGAUGAAGAGUGUCGACUUGGAAAUCUACUCACUGGCGGACGAAUUCGAGCGGCUCGGAACGUGCAUGCCUGCGGGCAGGGAGAAGAGCUUGAACACACGCAUCUACGAGGCACUGAUCGACUUGAUGGAAAUUGGAGGCAAGAUCGCCGAGCUGGCAGACUUUCGGCGGAAUACACCAACAGUCAGCGCUCCUGAUCAAUCAGCCUACCUUCGCAUGGCCGAAAUCGACCGUGAUCUCAAAAACUGGACGUCCCGACUGCCACAAGAUCUGCGCUACAACGAAGAGAAUCGCAAGAAUGCGCCCUUCUCUUUCUAUCUGUUGCAUCAGCAGUACCAUGCAGUACUCAUCCUCCUCCACCGCCCUUUCGCACGAUACGAUGACACGGACUGCUCCACGUCUGCAGAGGUCACUGCACUGGACAAUCACUUCUCUCGCGCUAGUCGCGCAAUUUGCACGAAAUCUGCAAUCGCUAUGGCCCGACUUUUCUGGCAGCAUCGCCAAAAGUUCGAUGGCAAAGUCAUCUUCAGCAUCGGCAUGCAGCACGCCGGAGCAGCUGCGACGGCUCUGAUCGCGGCAUUGGCAUACAUGCCGGAUAUUGCAGAUCGCAACAACAACAUGCAGUAUCUGGAGGUAUUACACUCGGCCCUACAAGACAUGGCGCAUCCCUUCCAACCUGCUGAGAGGAUGGCUGCUGUCUUGAAUGCCGUCAUGAUUGAGCUUCGC